GUGUGUGUGCGUGUGUACGUGUGUACGUGUAUUUGUGCGUGCGAAUGUCUGUGAGUGACAGUAUGUUGGUGACAGAGAGAGAGAAAGCGAGAAAGACCUAACAAGACAGAACAUGCCUACGGAAGCGGGUUUGGAAGUUUGUGCCUUGUUUUAAUUUCAGACACAUUCCUUUCCCCCAUUCCUUGAGAUAUGACUCGCAGACUAAACCGGGGGCUUUAUCAGCUGAAUUAUUUAAAAUUCUCAAUUCUCGCAUAAGAUAAAUCGCUUAAACCUGGCCAGCAAUGAGCGCGUCUGCAGGGACGGGAGUAUUUGUGCUCUCCCUGAUGUCCAUCCCCAUCUGCUUUUUAUUUAAUUCCCUCAUUUACAGCAACAGUGCUGAAGCUUUCUUCUUCGCUGGGUGUUCAACAGUCAUCAUCCUGGCCAUUUCAGUCCAUUUUAUGUUUAAGAAGAAGGCUCCAGUGGAUCCUCUUUUCUAUGUGUAUGCAGUGUAUGCCUUCUUCAGUGUGGUGAAUCUGAUCAUUGGGCUGGAGCAGGACAACAUCAUUGAUGGAUUUGUGACGUUUUACCUCAGAGAGGCAGAUCCACAUAUUAACACAGCACAUGGGCACAUGAUCUCCUAUUGGGAUGGCUGUGUGCACUAUCUCAUGUACCUGCUCAUGAUUGCUGCAAUUGCUUGGGGGGACAGUUACCGAGCAAUUGGACUCUACUGGGUGGGCUCUUUUCUCAUGCGUGCCAUAGUUUACAUUCUUGGGAAUACUGUGGGGAAGUAUGGGACCCAAGUUAAUCCUCUCUUCCUCCUCCACAUGCUAUAUAUCUCAGUGUCUGUCUGGGCCUGCUUCCGCAUCUUCAGCCAGCCCUCCACACGGGACACUGAGUUGACAAAGGCUGAAAGAAAAAGCUUACUCCACAGACCUCUGGACUUACUGUUCGUCAUCUACCUCAUCCCUGCUUUUGCUUUCUGUGUCUUCAGAGGCCUGGUUGCUCUGGACUGCUCCAGCAAAUGGUGUCAAGGAUACACACAACAGUAUGAGCCUUACAUGAAAGACCCUUCAGCCUAUCCUAAAGUACAGAUGCUGGUGAGCAUGCUGUACUCUGCACCAUACUACAUCAUUACUCUCUAUGGGCUGAUAGUCCCAGGAUGUGAGUGGAUGCCGGACCUGACUCUUGUACACUCUGGAGCACUGGCACAGGCCCAGUUCACUCAUAUCGGUGCGUCACUUCACACACGGACACCGUUCUCCUACAGAGUGCCUGCUGACGGCCAGCCUGUCUUCUUGCUGUUCAAUAUCCUGUACGCUAUUGUGCCUCAGGCUCUGUGCUACCGCUGUCGCACCAGGCCUGCGUUCUUCCUCAGACCAACGUCAGAUAAGAAGACUGAAUAAAAUAGAGCGAGCGUGAGACGGAGCAAGAGAGAGCCAGGGAUUUCAAGUGCUUGCAAAGUACAGCUCUCUGUUUGCAGUUAUUAGUGGUUGCUAUUUUUGGAGAGGGCUAAGUGGAGGUAUUGGAAACAUGACAAAAUAUUCCAGGGUCAAACUGAGUUUGUGUCAACUAGCAUUUAUGUUCUGUUGCUUAUUUUGAAAAUGUGUUUGUGUGUGUAAAGCAACAGGAAGGCACAUACAUUGUUACAGCACAGAGAAGCACUUUUAGAUUUGUGUAUGGGAUUCAAACAACUUGACAGUUCUUGACAGUUACUCUUUGUUCUGAUAUUUUUGGUUACAAAACAGCUUUGUUGUUGACAUAGGUUUCUGUGCAGUGCCUUUUUACUAAUAGGUUGGCAAAUAUAGAAAUUAUUCCUAUGUGUCUUUACAUGUUAAAUAAUAUAGGCUACAUUUUAUACAAUAGAUAGGUAUUCAACCAUUUAAGGGCAUUUGGUAAACAAAAAUGGUCUUUUGUCAUGUUCAGAUAUUCAGUUAAUUAUUUUAAUUUGUCAUUUAAUUUUGACUAAUAUAGUUAGCUUAUUUCCUAUAAUAUAACUGAAGAAGGUCAAAAAGGAAAGAUGAUGUCAUAUGCUGUACAUACAGAUUGCAAAGCCCCCUUAGGCAAAUUUGUGAUUUGUAAUAUUGGACAAGGUACAUAACAUUUACUUGACUUGCCAAGUGGAAAAACCUCUGCAUUUAGAAAAAAUAUUGCAUUUGUUGUUAACGUUCAAAUUAUUACAUUGAAUUUAUUCUAUAGAUUCAAUUAUUCUAUAAUUAUAAAAUGUAUAUAUAAACUAUGAUUGUAAUUCA